ACACCCCCCAAGUAUCCACUCCCGCCAUUAUUGUAUCUUCCCUUCCCAUCUCUCUUUAUUACUCUCCAUUUCUAUUAAAUAAUAGAAUUAUACUAUUUAAUUGCCCUUUUCAAGAACAAUACACCCAAAUUAGUAACCAAACAAACAACAUACACAACUAUAUGCUAUAACUAAUUCCAUACAUGAUUAUAUUUAAUUGAUUCUGAACAUUCAGACAAAAGCCUUCUUCCAAUUGGGUUUUUUGAUUAACUUUAGAUUUGACUUCACACGCCAUGGACAUCGGCUGGUGGAGAAACAAUGGAGCCCUGUGGCCAGUUUUGUAUGCACUGUUUCUGGGUCAAGUUGUCUCUUUUUUGAUGUCACUCAUGAGCUUCACUUCCUCUCUUGUUGCCAAUCUCGGUGUAGAUACACCGCUUACUCUGUCAUUCUUCUCUUACCUGGCUUUGGCUUUGGUGUAUGGAAGCAUCUUGCUGUACCGGCGUCAUAAACUAUUGGUUCCUUGGUAUUGGUAUGUAAUCUUAGGUUUUGUCGAUGUCCAAGGCAAUUAUCUUGUUAAUAAAGCGUACCAGUAUUCAUCAAUUACUAGUGUGACAUUAUUAGAUUGUUGGACUGUAGCAUGGGUCAUUGUUCUUACUUGGUUCUUCCUGGGCACACGAUAUUCGCUGUGGCAGUUCUUUGGUGCGGCACUCUGUGUGGUAGGCCUUGGGUUAGUGCUUGUCUCCGAUGCUGGGGUGGGUGGCGGAGGUGGUUCAAAACCUCUUCUGGGUGAUGUACUUGUCAUUGCAGGGACACUUUUCUUUGCAAUGAGCAAUGUUGGUGAGGAGUUUUGUGUGAAGAAGAAAGACCGCAUUGAAGUAGUUGCAAUGCUUGGGCUUUUUGGAACACUCGUGAGUGUGUGUCAAAUAGCUAUAUUGGAGAGAGAGAGUCUGGAAUCAGUAACGUGGUCCGCAGAAAUUAUACUAAGCUUUGCUGGCUAUGGCCUGGCAACUUUUAUGUUCUAUACAUUGGUUCCUUUUGUUCUAAAGAUGAGUGGAGCCACAAUGUUCAACCUCUCUAUUCUCACAUCUGACAUGUGGGCCGUUGUCAUUCGUAUCUUUUUCUAUCACCAGCAGGUUGACUGGUUGUACUAUCUAUCAUUUGCAAUUGUCGUUGUUGGACUCAUUAUAUAUUCAAAAAUUGAGAAAGAAGGUGUUCCUGUUCCAGCUCUUGAGGAUGGAAAUCUAAAUGUACAAUACCAAGCAAUUACUGAAGAAGAAAGUGCAGAAUCUUGAAAUGGAACUGUAGCCUCGUAAAAUGCAAAAAAUUCGUGGUAGCAUGGGUUCUUUUUUAGCUUCACAUACGGAGGUAGAAUUUGAACUUUCACAAUUUCAUGUUUUUAGUAGAUGUCGAAAUUUGCUAGACCUUUUAAUGUAAAAAAGGCUUGAAUCUUCAUUUUGAAAUCUGAUACUGAUACUGUCCAUGUUCUCUCCCUCUCUCUCUCAUUGUUUCAUGUCCAUUUGAUGUUCCAAGUAUCUUGCUACUGGUUUACAGCACCUUGUUACAACUAAAAUUUUGUAUUUCUGAACUUAACAGUAACGAUACGGAAACUUAUUGAAUAGUCCUGGAGUUCCAUGUGACAUUGCCUAGCA